AUGAAAAAUUUGCCCAUUUUCGUAUUUCCAAUAUCAUUGGAAUUUUACUCUAAUGCAAGACACACGCACAAACAAUUACUAACUGUAUACAAUCCUUAUGAAUUCCCUGUUAAUUUGAAAGUACUUUGUACCUCACCGAAGAAGUUUACGGUCAUAGAUCCAGAAGGCGUGAUCGCUCCACAGAGCUGCAUCGACAUUGUAGUGCGAUAUACCCCAACGUCUCAGACACAGUCUGACUCUCUCGAAAAAUUUCGUUUAACUAUGUUUGACAAAAACACCCAGCAGGUAGUAGGUAGGAGAGAUAUUUUGACGAAAUUGAUAGAAGGAGAGCCUUCUAAUAUAAGUCAAGAGUGUUUUGGGGAUGAUUUCCAUCCUCUUACAAUGAGGCCGGCUCCGUUGAGGACUACGGAGGAACAUUCCCGAGUAGCACCCUGCACACAUCCUUCACACAGAGAACAGCAGCCUGUGAACGUAGUAGCGGUAGCAGUUAGCAUAUGUUGCAUUGCCGCUCUCCUACUACCAACUCAACCAGAAGAACUUGUUAAAUCACAAUGGCCGGACUGGCUCCAUAUUGGCUCAAAUCUUAAACUGGUAUUCUCAUUCGUACUUGGACUUGUAUGUAUGCUUGUUUUACGGCCAUAG